AUGUUCUGGCCUACCAAGAAGGACCUCAAGACUGCCAUGGAGGUCUUUGCUCUUUUCCAGUGGGCCCUCAGCGCCUUGGUUAUAGUCAUCACUGUGAUCAUGGUCAACCUCUACUUGGUGGUGUUCACAUCGUUCUGGCCUGUCACUGUGUUGAUGCUCCUCUGGUUGGCUUUUGACUGGAAGACACCUGAGCGAGGUGGCCGUCGGUUCAACUGUGUGAGGAGGUGGUGUCUGUGGAAACACUACAGCAAUUACUUCCCACUCAAGAUUGUAAAGACAAAAGAUAUUCCAACCAACCACAACUACAUCCUUGCCUGCCAUCCUCAUGGGCUUCUGUCCCAUUCAUGGUUUGGUCACUUUUCCACUGACACAACAGGCUUUUCCAAGAUCUUUCCUGGUAUCACUCCUUAUAUGCUCACAUUAGGAGCCUUUUUCUGGGUGCCUUUCCUCAGAGAGUAUAUAAUGUCUACAGGGGCCUGCUCUGUGAGUCAAUCGUCCAUAGACUUUUUGCUUACUCAGAAGGGCACAGGCAACAUGCUUGUUGUGGUGGUUGGUGGCCUGGCUGAGUGCAAAUACAGCGUGCCCGGCUCUACCACCCUGUUCUUGAAGAAACGGCAGGGCUUUGUGCGCACAGCCCUUCGAUAUGGGGUGCCUCUAAUCCCCGCCUAUGCCUUUGGAGAGGCAGACCUCUAUGACCAGCACAUUUUCACUCCUGGGAGCUUUAUCAGUUACUUUCAGAAGUGGUUCCAGAAGAUGGUACACGUCUACCCCUGUGCUUUCUAUGGGCGUGGCUUCACCAAGAACUCCUGGGGCCUUCUGCCAUAUUCUCGGCCAGUAACCACUGUUGUUGGGGAACCUCUCCCAUUGCCCAAGAUUGAGAAUCCGAGCCAGGAGAUUGUGGCCAAAUACCACACACUCUAUAUUGAUGCCCUACGCAAAUUGUUUGAUCAGCAUAAGACCAAGUUUGGCAUCUCAGAGACCCAGGAGCUGGUGAUAACUUGA